AAAUCUUUUGGUACGGUUUUUGAAGCUCUCAAGGAUCCAAAAUAGAAUCUAAGUAUAACAAGACAAGAGACAGAGAGAGAAGAAAAGCAUACUCUUACCUUAAGAGAAACCCAUAUGUAUUGCAAUAACUUGUGCUUUGUGUAACUCUCUACCUUUCUUCUAUUCUGCUUUUCCGAUUAACUACACAACCACUCUCAUAAUUUUCCUUAAACCAAAGGUCUGUAUAUAGAAAAUUGUAAAAUAUGGAGAAGCAACAGAGAAGACAAUGGCGUUGGCUACUUUGGUCGUCAGCCAUGGCGGGUUUAGUACUGUUCUUCUUCUUUUGCAAUGGUGGCUCUGAGAUAAAGAGCAACUAUGUUGUUAGAAGAGCAUUAAGGAGUGCAGGAUAUUCACUUGAUGUCCAGCUACAAGCCAGUAGGGCUCGACAGGUUGUUAUUUUGGAUAAUGGUAUCGUCCGACUCACAUUUUCCAAACCGGGCGGUGAUGUAAUUGGAAUACAGUACAAUGGAAUAGACAACUUGCUUGAAACAGAGAAUGAGGCAAAUAACAGAGGGUACUGGGACAUCGUCUGGGACUCGAAGCCAGGAGACAGGACUAUCAAUAUUGACACAUUACAAGGAGCAAAAUUUGAGGUUAUAAAGGCAGAUAAGGAUGGAGCAGAAAUUUCAUUCCGUAGAACAUGGAAUGUUUCCACAAGUGGCAAAACAGUUCCUUUAAAUAUAGACAAAAGGUACAUAAUGUUACGUAACUAUCCAGGGUUUUACACAUACACGAUACUUGAGCGUCUAGAAGGAUGGCCUGCAUCUGAGAUUGGUCAAGUUCGGAUCGUUUACAAGCUUCGACAAGACAAGUUUCGCUACAUGGCUAUUUCGGACAAUAGGAAAAGAGUUAUGCCAACUAUGAAGGACCGUCUUAAUGGCCAACCUCUUGCUUAUCCAGAAGCUGUUCUCCUCACAAAACCAUCUGACCCUCAGCUCCGAGGAGAGGUGGACGACAAGUAUCAAUAUUCGGCUGAAAGCAAGGACAACAAGGUCCAUGGUUGGAUGAGUACUGAUGAGUCCCCUGUUGGGUUCUGGAUUAUCACGCCAAGUAUCGAGUUCAGAGCUGCUGGGCCUGUUAAACAAGAGCUCACCUCUCAUGCCGGCCCAAUUGCGCUCUCUAUGUUUACAAGUGGUCAUUAUGCUGGGAAGGAUAUAGCAAUGACAUUUAAAGAAGGGGAGCCAUGGAAAAAGGUUUAUGGACCAGUAUCUGUCUAUCUUAAUUCAAAUUCCACCAGUGAAGAUCCUCUCUCACUCUGGGAUAAUGCAAAACAAAAGAUGCAAGAAGAAGUUAGAGCAUGGCCAUACAAUUUCCCUCAAUCUCAAGAUUACCUUAUCUCUAAUCAACGAGGCAGUGUUGGAGGAAGAUUAUUAGUUCGUGAUAGAUACCUUUCUCGAGGUCCUUUCUCGGCUGGCCAUGCUUAUGUGGGAUUGGCUGCACCUGGUGAGGUUGGAUCAUGGCAGAAGGAAAGUAAGGGCUAUCAAUUUUGGACUCAUGCUGACAAACGAGGUUUUUUCUCAAUAAAAAAUGUUCGACCCGGCAACUACAGUCUAUAUGCAUGGGUUCCCGGCGUAGUUGGAGAUUAUAUGUACAACGAACUUGUUACCAUUGAACCAGAAUCACACAUCCCCUUGGGUGAUCUAUUUUAUGAACCUCCAAGAAAUGGACCAACACUUUGGGAAAUUGGUACCCCAGAUCGUAGUGCUGCUGAAUUCUACGUCCCUGACCCUUAUCCAACUCUCAUGAACCAAUUAUAUAGCAAUCACCCAGACAAGUUUAGGCAAUAUGGGUUAUGGGAUCGGUAUGCGGAUUUAUAUCCUAAUAAAGAUCUAGUUUACACUGUUGGUGUUAGUGAUUAUCGAUCGGAUUGGUUUUAUGCUCAAGUCGUCAGGAAUGUGGGAAACGACACGUAUGAAGGAACCACAUGGCAGGUUGUAUUUGAACUUAAAAACGUAAUAAGGCCAGCAAAUUACACACUCCAAUUGGCAUUGGCCUCAACUAGCAACAUGGAGUUGCAGGUUCGAUUCAACGACCUGAAUUCGGAGGCGAUCUUUACGACAGGGCUGAUUGGCAGAGACAACGCCAUUGCGAGGCAUGGAAUCCAUGGGUUGUACAGGUUUUACAGCAUAAAUGUACCAAGCACUCUACUCCUCCAUGGCAACAAUCUCAUUUAUCUUUCUCAAACAAGACAUGUGACCGCUUUUGAUGGUCUUAUGUACGAUUACAUUAGACUCGAAGGACCUCCUAGAACAUGAGACAUACAUUUUUUUUUUUUCUUCUUUAUAAUAAAUAUGGCUCUCUAUUCUUGAUUAUGUAUAGGUCGAUUAAUAUAAUUACAUCCAUUCUUUUCAAUUUUUUAGUUGUAAUAAGUGAAUAUGUUUUCCGUUUUCAUAAUUCCUUUUCAAUUGUUUUAUUUAUUUCAUUCUUUUGAAUGUAUGUAAAUGAAUAAAACUUCCAUUGGAUCAUAGAAGAUUAUCAUCAAUUCAAGACUGACUAUUUAUAAGGAA